AUGUUCUCUGCUACUUCUGGGGCGGUGCGCAUCAGCGCCCGCCGCAUUGCCCCCCAAGCGACCUCGGGAAACACCUACAUCUCCCAGGGCCGUUUUCUCUCUUCUACAGGGCUUCUGUCAUAUGCUAUCAACACAAACCCGAAUCCGCCAUUGGGUAAAAAGAAUGCUUCCAACGAUGUACCAUCCCGGGUUGGCCUCAUUGGAGCCCGCGGCUACACAGGCCAAGCCCUGAUUGAUCUUCUCAACGAGCACCCCAAUAUGGACCUUCGACAUGUAUCCUCUCGGGAACUCUGCGGCCAGGAGCUCAAAGGAUACAGCAAGCGGAAGAUCAUCUAUGAGAACCUCUCCCCUGAGGAAGUAGCCCAACUGGACCAAGACGGCAAGGUCGACUGCUGGGUUAUGGCGCUUCCCAACGGUGUCUGUCAGCCGUUCGUGGAGGCUCUCGGUCAGAGUUCGAACUUGAUCGUUGAUCUUUCCGCCGACUAUCGUUUUGAUGGCACUUGGGCUUACGGCCUGCCUGAACUGGUGCAACGAAGCAAGAUUGCUCAAUCAACUCGCAUCAGCAACCCUGGGUGCUAUGCGACAGGGUCGCAAUUGGCCUUGUCGCCCAUUCUGGAACAUUUGGGAGGCAUGCCAACGGUCUUUGGAGCUUCGGGUUAUAGCGGAGCUGGCACGAAGCCUUCCCCAAAGAACGACGUCAAGCUUCUCCAUGAUAAUCUUAUUCCUUACAGCUUGACUGGGCAUGUGCAUGAGCGAGAGAUCAGCCAUCACCUUGGUGUGCCGACAUCAUUUAUUCCGCAUGUCGCCUCCUGGUUCCGCGGCAUUCACCUGACCGUCAAUAUCCCCUUGAACAAGACGUUGACUUCUCGAGAUAUCCGUCAGAUCUAUCAAGACCGAUAUGCUGGUGAAAAGCUUGUAAAGGUUGUUGGUGAAGCCCCGCUUGUGAAGUCGAUUCAGAACAAGCACGGAGUUGAGAUUGGAGGCUUCGCCGUUGACAAGACCGGAAAGCGUGUCGUUGUUUGUGCCACGAUUGACAACCUCAACAAGGGCGCUGCCACGCAAUGCUUGCAGAACAUGAACCUCGCGCUCGGGUAUGAUGAGUAUCAGGGAAUUCCUAUCGAAUGA